CCACCCCGUCUCGUCGUCCGAUCCCCUCCUAUUAGCCAGCCGCCCCGCCCCGCCCGCGAGCAGCAAAACCUUGCCGCGAAUCGCACACGCGAAACCCCAAACCCGGAGAAGCCGACGAGGUGACCGCGCGCACCGGCCAUGGGCGACAGCCAGUACUCCUUCUCCCUCACCACCUUCAGCCCGUCGGGGAAGCUGGUGCAGAUCGAGCACGCGCUCACGGCGGUCGGAUCCGGCCAGACCUCGCUCGGGAUCAAAGCUGCUAAUGGUGUAGUUAUCGCUACCGAGAAGAAGUUGCCUUCUAUUUUAGUGGAUGAAACAUCUGUGCAAAAGAUUCAGGCACUGACUCCAAAUAUUGGAGUUGUCUACAGUGGGAUGGGUCCAGAUUUCCGUGUUCUAGUGAGAAAAAGUCGAAAGCAGGCACAACAAUAUUAUCGAUUGUACAAGGAACAUAUACCUGUUACACAGCUUGUUCGAGAGACUGCUGCUGUUAUGCAGGAGUUCACACAAUCAGGUGGUGUAAGACCAUUUGGAGUAUCGUUGUUGAUUGCUGGGUAUGAUGACAAUGGCCCACAGUUGUAUCAGGUUGACCCCUCAGGAUCAUACUUCUCCUGGAAAGCGUCAGCUAUGGGGAAAAAUGUGUCCAAUGCAAAAACUUUUCUUGAGAAGAGAUACACAGAAGAUAUGGAGCUUGAUGAUGCCAUCCACACUGCAAUUUUGACGCUGAAAGAAGGAUACGAGGGGCAAAUUUCUUCCAACAAUAUUGAAAUUGGAAUUAUUCGAUCUGACCGUGAAUUCAAAGUUCUAAGCCCAGCAGAGAUCAAAGAUUUCUUGGAAGAGGUGGAGUAAGUUGUCUAUUGAUGAUUCACUGUUUCGAACAAGGAAAGUGUCGCCAAGGAGCCGCCCUGAAGCUUAUCUUUCAGUUUUUUUAUUUUGUCACUCACUUUAAACUGAUUUGCUCCAGUGACAUGUGAUGCUUGCACUUGGAUCCUCAUGAAUGCAUGUUGUAGACAAGGAAGACGGCGUUAGGUGGAUGUUGUAUUUGGCUUACUCCCUGGGGCUCAUUUAUGUGAUGCACAUUCUUGCGUA